CGCCUUCGCUCCGCCGUAGCGAAGCACGGGAUCCUUCUCUGGCGGCCAUCCGUAUCCGUCCCUCAUCCUUCGCCCCUCCCCUCCAUCGAAGGCCCGGCCGGCGCAGGGCGGGAGAUCGUUCCGGACUCUGAGUUGAGUUGGCCCCUUCUUCUGCUGGGUACUAUGAGGAGGUUGGUGUCGACCGCCCUCAUCGCGAGGGGGCUCGUCAGGUCGUACCGCGCGCGGGCAAGAGCUGCUGUGUCACAACCAGCUUUUCAGCAGUUUAUGAACUACUCGUCAGGACAUGGUGGUGAUCCUAAUGCAAAUGGGGAUUCGACUGCAACACGAUUAGCUACUGAUCGUGACACACAUCAAGAUUUCAAACCAAUGAGCAAAAGUUCGGACACAUCUUUGCAUGACAUUGUUGCUCAGGAUAUCAGGGAGAACCCAGUCUUGAUCUAUAUGAAGGGUUUCCCUGAGUCUCCCAUGUGUGGCUUCAGCGCACUGGCAGUCAAGGUCUUCCAGCAAUAUGAUGUCCCUAUCUGUGGUAGAGAUAUUCUGGGAGAUCUCAGGCUCAAAGAGGCUGUUAAAGCCCACACUAACUGGCCUACGUUUCCACAAAUAUUUAUCAAAGGAGAGUUUGUUGGGGGAUCUGACAUCAUACUAAGCAUGCACCAGAAGGGGGAACUAAAGGAUCUGCUUGGUGACAUCACACAAAGAGAUGGACAAAAGGCGGAUGCUAACUAGCCAUGAAGCAGUCCACAUUACACUGUUUUUUCACAGAAUAUUAUUCUCUCACAAUCUUUAGGUGACCUUGCAUGCUGUUCUGUGCAGCGUUGGUCCCAGGUUUGUUUGAUCUGGCAUUCUGACUGAGACAAAAAUGAUCAGAGAUCCGUCCAGGAAUGCAACAAGUUCUCUGUCAGAAUGAAUAAGUGCCACUAUGCAAUGCCGUUCUUUGGUGCAUUGUAUAUUGAGCUUGAGUUCCAGGAUACAAAGGUUGCAUUACAUUGCCCAUCUUUUGUAGUUCAACUGAACUUGCAAUAAUAAAUGAAAAGGCUGUAAAAUGCUUAGGGACACCUGUUUUUAUUCAAUAUAUUUACUGGGUGGUGUUUGCAAAAA